AUGCAGGCUCUCCGGACUAGAGCAGCUUGCGCAGCCAGGCGCGCGCGGCCUACCACCACCACAACCACCGCCGCACCGCGAGCCUCGCGAUCCUACGCCUCCGGCCACGAUAGCCAUCACCAUCACGCACCCGAGGUAGCAGAGGGAUUAGGAACAUCAUUCUACGUCUUCGCCGCCGCCGUCCCCGCCAGCUACGUCGCCUACUCGAUCUCGCGGCCGGGCCCCGACGGCGAGGAGUCCAGCUUCUCCUCGUGGCUGCGGUCCUUCGACUACUUCAACGACUGGGAGCUGCGCAACACCCUGCGCACCAACAUCAUCGAGCAGGCCGCCCACGACAAGCACUUGCUCAUGAACGCGGGCAAGAGCACGCACGUCGAGCUUAAGACGCCCGAACUCCUCUACUCCGGCUGCCCCUGGAACGUCCCAGCAGGCCACUACCCGAACCUCGACCACGUCACCGCGCACUACCACAAUCAAGCCGCCGUCGAAGAGGAGCGCAAAGUCAAGGCCCUACUAGCCAAGGCCAAGGCGCAAGAGCAGGAGCAGAAGCAGGAGACUUCGUAA